GAUUUGAUUUUGACAGAGAAAAUUUGAAGUAAAAUAAAAUUAAAUAUGGCGACAGAAACUGAAAAUGAAAGAGACAGAGACAGAUAGACAUUACAUUUUCACCGUAUAAAAGCAAAGGCCAUACAAGCACAGAACCCUGUUUUUGCCUCUCCUCCAACGAAGUUGCUCAAAGGGGACGGGUUUUCAGAUUUUCUCCGAAAUAUUCCUAUUUGCUUGCCCGGAACCAUCAAUUUCUAUCUCAGUUAUGGCCAGAAACGGCGCCGGAUCGUGGCGACGGAGGUCCGACAGGGUCGACGGCGGUUUUCAAGCCUCGCCGUCUGAUUCCGAGGAGGUUCAUGUUUUGGCCGUUGAUGACAGCCUCGUUGAUCGUAAGGUCAUUGAGAGGUUACUUAAAACCUCUUCUUGUAAAGUGACUGCCGUCGAUAGUGGAAGAAGUGCUCUGCAAUUCUUGGGAUUAGAUGAAGAGAAGGCCAGUACUGGUUUUGAUGGUUUGAAGGUUGAUCUCAUCAUCACUGAUUAUUGUAUGCCUGGAAUGACUGGUUACGAACUGCUGAAGAAAAUUAAGGAAUCGUCCACUUUUAGAGAAAUACCAGUUGUAAUUAUGUCAUCUGAGAACAUUUUGGCUCGAAUCGACAGAUGCUUGGAAGAAGGUGCCGAAGAUUUCAUAGUGAAGCCGGUGAAAUUAUCAGACGUGAAACGUUUGAAAGAUUACAUGAUGAAGGAAGUGAGAGUUGGAAACAGGAACAAAAGGAAGUUAAGGGAGAGUUGCGAUUUCUCUUCAUCUCCACCCUCCAUCUUAUCAUCACCAUCAUCAUCAUCAUCUUCAUCUUCACCGUCGCCGUCACCAUCAUCACCGUCAAUUCUAUCAUCAUCGGCACCGUGUUUCCCAUCACCGUUGGAUUCUCCUACCAGACGACUCAGAAUGACCACAUCUGAGUAGAGCCCAAAAAAGAAAACUUUUCAGUCGUUGCAAUUAUCCGUCAGUAACGGUUUUUUGUUGCAUAUCGACUCAAAAUCCCCCGUUCCCCCACUUUUACCCUCCACUUUUUUUUUUUUUUUUUUUGGUCAUCCGUUUAUAUUGUUUAUUAAAUGUGGCAAUAUGAGUUACAUAUUCCAAAUUAAUUAAC